UGGACUUUUCAACCGGAAGAGGGAGUGUAAACACAAAAUAGCCCGAGAAGAAGUAACAACAGACGGUUCUCCUGACGUAGUGUUACUGAAACAGCUGUUAGUGAAAAAACUAGGGAACUUAAUAUACGUGAAUAUAUUAAGUGAUACAAAAUAUUGAUUCGACGAUCUCAGUGCGUCGGCCGCUGUCGACAUACAUGGAUUGCUCACCAGCUAGCUGCUAGUUAGCAUUAGCUAAACGGCUAAAACCUCUACGCUGACAAUUUCGCGUUCGCUAAUUAGCGACCAAUGCCUCAAGAGGGAGAGCAGUCUCUUCCCCUGGUCCGCUCCCUGAACAGUCGGAUACCCGUGAAGGUGGUGUUUUGUAACCGCACUCCGCGCGUCCUGCGACCACUAUGGAUAGAUUUCCGAGGGGAACCUCAGGCAUUUGACGACUUACAGCCAGGGACGGGACGGCUCAUUUACACCUUCAUCGGUCACCCAUGGAUGUUCAGAGAAGCAGAGACUGAUGAGCCGCUGAGGGUGAAUGGCAAAGAACUGUUUCUGCCUAAACCAGCAGAGGGUGAAAAUGCCACAUCUGCCACUAUCACUUUACCAGUUUACAGCCUCAAGGAUCGUGCUCUUCAGGUUAUCCGCCGUCUGGUACGACCUGAGGACUACAGGAGGUUGGAAAUAGCACGGUGUCUCCAUGAGGAACUGGAAGAUCGUCCCAGUGCGUUGAUGGAUCUCCGUCGCAUGAACCAGCGAGUAGAGCAGCAUCUGCUGGAGAGGAUUCAAGGCCAGGAAGAAUGAGGUGUGAAACUGGAUGGAUACCAGCCACUGAUGGACAACAAUAUUGUAUUCCACACUAUUAAAAAAGGUAAAGAAUCUUGAGAAUAUAAGAUAAAAUGUGGAGUUGCUUCCUGAGAGAGAGAGCAGCUGUUACAAAGAGUUCUCCAGAGAACUUACAUGUCCAGCCAAGGACUUUCAUCUGCUGCCUUUUAUACUCAGUCUUUGGGAAAUGUCUUCCUCAGCAGAAGUAAAGAGGUGAUUUCUAGAAUGAGAUGCCAUCAUCUUCAAAUAAACAAUAUCGUUUGUCCUCUAAAAUGUUAUUGAAGCAUUUCAAUGUUAAUUUCUGGAAGACCACUAGAGAUAUGUGGAAUACAAGCCUUUGAUACCUGUCUGAUUAUGUGACUCUACUGUAUUCUGCCACAUUGACAGGUUCUGUUAUUAGUUAAGUCCCUCCCAAAAAAAUGUAUUGAUCAUUUGCAUGACCUUACAAGGAACUGACAAUAAUGUUUUCCGACAUGGAUACAAUCAAACUUCAGCCCUAAAUAUCACAAUUUCUAAAAGACGCAAGAUAAAAAGUACAUAGUCACAUUGGGAAGGAUUUUUAGAUAGCUUUAUGUCAUUAAUAUUCUUAUUGGAAAUGCCUGAGAUGAUCCAGUUUACUCCCCUCCAACAACAUCUUACUUUGUUAUCAGAGCUAUUAAGCUCAGCAGUUUAACCAAGAUUUUACUUUCAGCACUUUCAAUCCAGAAAUGGAUGUUUAUGGAUGCAUUUUUCAAGAUGGCCUAUUCUGGAAAAUUUUAGACUUUUUUCAGAAUAAACCUGCCAGUGUAAACAGGUAGAAUGGCUUCUAAAAUGUUGUCUUUCUGGUAAUUUUCCUAUAGAUUAGGAUGUGUGACACUGUGACUGAGGAGCGUAUGCCUUUUGUUUUUCCUAUUCUAUAAUUCUCUGCCUCUUUUGUUAUUCCGUCAUCCUGUUAAAUUCAUACUCCUGUUACUGUAUCUCAAAGUCUUUAAUUGUCUAUUUGUGUAAUAAAUAAAUAAACAAAAGAUAUAUUUCUUA